UGGGGCAGCUCCUGUGACAGACGGAGCUGGAGCGGCGGGGCGGCGGCGGAGUCCGGCGGCUGAGAUAGCGAGUGAGCGAGCGAACAAGCAGCGAUCCCAGGGCCCAAGGAGCGAGAAAGAGAAGGAGGAGCGCUCGGGCGCGAGCGAGAAAAGCCGCGAGCGCCAGGCUUGGGCUCGAGCCCCGGAACGGCUGAGGAGCCCGCCCGCUCCCCUCCCCUCCCCCUCCCCGGGACCGGGCCCAGCGCGCCAUCCUCCCCCUCCCUCCUUCCCUCCCUCCCUCCUUCCUCCCUUCCCUCUCCCUCUCCCCCUCCCCCGCCGGUGGAUGGGAGUGAAGGACGGAAGAGGCCCUGCGGAGGCGGCGGUGCAGCGCUCCGGUGGAAUGAACCCUAUUUGUUGACUAUCUCCUGAUUACUGGUUGGAUUCACUUGUAAAAGAAUCGUCUUCCCCUGUGUGGACGCCACUUAGUGGCAUAUUUAAUUAUAAAUCCAGGGAUCACAAAGCUUUCUGAUUUUCCCAAAGGAGGGACAUACCACUAUAUCAAAGAAGCUUGAUAUUACAGCCAAAAUGGUGCUGUCCCAGAGACAACGAGAUGAACUAAAUCGAGCUAUAGCAGAUUAUCUUCGUUCAAAUGGCUACGAAGAGGCAUAUUCAGUUUUUAAAAAGGAAGCUGAAUUAGAUAUGAAUGAAGAAUUAGAUAAGAAAUAUGCUGGUCUUUUGGAAAAAAAAUGGACAUCCGUUAUUAGAUUACAAAAGAAGGUUAUGGAAUUAGAAUCAAAACUAAAUGAAGCAAAAGAAGAAUUUACGUCAGGUGGACCCCUUGGUCAGAAACGAGACCCAAAAGAAUGGAUUCCCCGUCCACCAGAAAAAUAUGCGUUGAGCGGUCAUAGGAGUCCAGUCACUCGAGUAAUUUUCCAUCCUGUGUUCAGUGUUAUGGUCUCUGCUUCAGAGGAUGCUACAAUUAAGACACCAUACAGUAACAGUUAUAUAAACUACCUGCAGAAAGAUAAGUAA